CUCCACAACCACCGCCAAGAACAUAUUUCGAGCCGACAUCCUCUGUCAAGAUGCUGUCCAUAUUGAGAAAAGCAAGGCUGAAGGAUAAGGAGAUGCGAAUCCUGAUGCUAGGUCUCGACAAUGCGGGCAAGACGACCAUCGUUAAACAGAUUAUGAACGAAGACGUCACAACAGUAAGCCCGACGCUGGGCUUCAUAAUCAAAACGAUAGAUUUUGACGGGUACAGGUUAAAUAUCUGGGACGUCGGAGGCCAGAAAACACUACGAUCAUACUGGAAAAAUUACUUUGAGAAGACAGACACUCUAGUCUGGGUCGUGGACGCCACCGAUCGAUUACGAGUCGACGACUGUCGUGAUGAACUGGCAGGACUUCUGCUUGAAGAGCGUUUGAUGGGCGCAAGCCUUUUGGUUUUUCUCAACAAAACUGAUGUAGAAGGGUGUAUGUCUCAGGAUGAAGUUAGGCAGAAUCUCCGCUUAGAUGCGAUUAAGACUCAUAAAUGGACCAUACUGCCUUGUAGCGCCAUUACAGGAGCAAAUCUGCGCGAGGGUCUCAACUGGGUUGUGCAAGAUGCUAAGGACAGACUAUUUCUCUACUGAGUAAGGUUCUUUAUCGCGAUUUUCGCAUUCCUCUCCUUGGUAGUGGGGAGAUUUACUUGUAUGAAACAUAUAUAAUGAAGCUAUGACCAUUGGCGGGAAGAGAAACAAGAAACAUUGUAUUUCCUU